AUUAAAUAUACGAUCUUGAAUCCAAGAACGAUCACGUGAUGGCGCACCUCUUCUCCUAUCUUCCUGUCAAGGUACCGAAUUAUACCAAUGGCCUGAAAUCAAGCAGUCAGAUAAAGUAUCCAGGCACAGGGUUCUUUCAAGGAUUCAACAAACCCUCAAGAUUGGAAGGAGAUAUCUUCGACCUUGAAGUCAGCGGCACGAUUCCAGAAGAUAUCAACGGGACAUUCUACCGUAUCCAGCCAGAUCAACGAUACCCGCCCCUGUUUGAAGAAGACAUCCAUUUUAGUGGCGAUGGAAACGUGUCUGCGUUCCAUUUCGAGAAUGGACAUGUAGAUUUCAAGCAGCGAUAUGUGCACACCGAGAGGUUCAAGGCCGAGACUGCGGCGAGGAAAGCGCUGUUUGGGAAAUAUCGAAAUAUCUACACAGAUAGCGAGAUGGUGAAGGGUGUUAUUCGGACGGUGUCGAAUACUAAUAUCGUGUUCUGGAGAGGCAUGUUACUUGCUACCAAGGAAGACGGUCCUCCUUUUGCAAUGGAUCCAGUCACCUUGGAGACGAUUGGACGGUAUGAUUUUGAGGGACAGGUUGAGUCGCCGACUUUUACGGCGCAUCCCAAGUUUGAUCCGAAGACGGGGGAGAUGGUUUGUUUUGGGUACGAGGCGGGAGGAGAUGGGCACGAUGCUUCUUGUGAUAUUGUGGUUUAUACGAUUGAUAAGAAUGGGAAGAAGACGGAGGAAUGUUGGUACAAGGCACCGUUUUGUGGUAUGAUCCACGAUUGUGGAUUGAGUGAGAAUUAUCUCGUGCUUCCGAUGACGCCGAUCACGGCUAAUGUGGAGCGGAUGAAGAAAGGAGGGAAUCAUUGGGCUUGGGAUCCUAAUGAGGAUCAAUUGUAUGGAAUUGUGCCGAGAAGAGGUGGUAAGCCUGAGGAUAUCGUAUGGUUGAGAGCAGAUAAUGGGUUCCACGGCCACGUAGCUGGAUGCUAUGAGAAUGAGGAUGGCCAUAUUAUCUUCGAUCUCACGAUCGCAGACGAUAAUGUUUUCUUCUUCUUUCCACCAGACAAUGCGCCCCCUGAAAAUCUCCAAAAGAGGAACAAGCUGGUAUCGAAGACGUUCCGCUGGACUUUUGACCCAAAGUCAAAGACGGAUACUCGAGUCACUCCAACUGAAAUUUUUGAUAUCAACGGCGAGUUUUCUCGCAUCGAUGACCGUCUCGUGACGAAGAAGUAUAACCACUUUUGGCAAGUUCAAAUCGACCCCACGAAGCCAUAUGAUUUUCAGAAGUGUGGUUCUCCCGCUGGCGGUCUGUUCAACGCAAUGGGGCAUUUUACUUGGGAUGAGAAGGUCAAAGAUGUUUAUUGGGCCGGCCCCACGACUACAUUCCAAGAACCAGUCUUCGUCCCGAAGAACACAGACAAAGAAGGUGAUGGAUACUUGCUCGCACUUUUGAAUCAUCUCGACGAGCUCCGGAACGACAUCUUGAUCUUUGAUGCUCUAGAUCUGAAGAAAGGGCCGCUUGCUGCUAUUCAUUUACCUCUGAAGCUUAGGUUGGGCCUUCAUGGCAAUUUCGUAGAUCAAAAGGAUAUCGAUGAUUGGAAAGAGUUGAGGAAGGAGAAUGGAGAGGUUGGCCCUGUCAAGGCAGCAGAGAAACCUUUACCAUGGCAAAAGCAAAAGGGCUAUGUCAACGGUACAAACGGCACAAAUGGGGUGAAGGAACAUGAAGCGUAA